AAGCCGGAUGCCGGAAGCGGUGUUUGAUGGCACCCGUGAUGGCGGAGGCCGCCAGUGUGGCUGCCGAAUCUCUCGGGGGCGGCAGGGCGCGGGCGGCGCGCACAGUAUUGGAUCAGGUGGUGCUCCCGGGUGAGGAGCUGCUGCUGCCAGAGCAGGAGGACGCAGACGUCCCUGGUGGUGCAGGGGAGAAACUGUUGCGCCUGAAUGCGGGAGCGCGGUCGCGGGUGCGCGUGGUGUGCGGCCCAGGCUUGCGGCGCUGUGGGGACCGCCUGCUGGUCACCAAGUGCGGUCGUCUCCGCUACAAGGAGCCGGGCAGUGGCAGCGGCGGCGGUGUUUACUGGGUGGACUCGCAGCAGAAGCGGUAUGUUCCAGUGAAAGGAGACCAUGUGAUUGGGAUAGUGACAGCUAAAUCUGGAGAUAUAUUCAAAAUUGAUAUCGGAGGGAGUGAGCCAGCUUCUUUGUCUUACUUGGCAUUUGAAGGUGCAACUAAAAGAAACAGACCAAAUGUGCAGGUUGGAGAUCUCAUUUAUGGCCAGUUUGUGGUUGCUAAUAAAGAUAUGGAACCAGAGAUGGUCUGUAUUGACAGCUGUGGACGAGCCAAUGGAAUGGGUGUGAUUGGACAAGAUGGUCUGCUUUUUAAAGUGACUUUGGGCUUAAUUAGAAAGCUUUUAGCUCCAGACUGUGAAAUCAUACAGGAAGUAGGAAAACUGUAUCCACUGGAGAUAGUAUUUGGAAUGAAUGGAAGAAUAUGGGUUAAGGCAAAAACCAUUCAGCAGACUUUAAUUUUGGCAAACGUUUUAGAAGCUUGUGAGCACAUGACAUCAGAUCAAAGAAAACAAAUCUUUGCCAGGUUGGCAGAAAGUUGAUACAUGUGGACUUUUUAAAUGGGUCAGUUGAGCCAAGAAACUAUGGGUUUCCUGGGGGAAAACCUUUUUCAGGUGAACUUCUCCCUAUUAAAUCUUCAGAAGACAAGGUAUGAAUGUACAUAAUGUCUCAGAUUCCUAAGUUAAAUAUUUUUAUAUGUAAGUUACUGGUUUUCACCCAUGCUCUUGUGGGAAAGUCAAAACAAAAUUACAAUUUUUUUUUUUGUUCUGUACAAUAAAGUUUACUAAAAAGUUGA